UAGAACCAUAAUCGAAGGAAGAGGAUGAGGUAUAAAACCGCCGCUCGUUUAUUCUAUAAUCACAGUUAUACAUCGUCUGUUAACUUUGACACACAAGAUGAAAUCCUUCGUAGCUCUCCUCGCCGUCGUGGCCGUAGUUGCCGCUGAUGUCUCCCACCUGGUGCGCAACCCUGAGGCUGACGCCCAGAUUCUGAAGCAGGUCGCCGAUGUCCUCCCUGACCAGUACAACUACUCCUACGAAACCAGCAACGGUAUCGCUGCCCAGGAAUCCGGAGCCCUCAAGAACGUCGGCUCUGACGCCGAAGCCAUCGCUGUCCAGGGUGCUAACUCCUACACCGCCCCCAACGGUGAGCGCAUCGCUGUGACUUACGUCGCUGACGAGAACGGAUACCAACCCCAGGGUGCCCAUCUCCCCGUUCCCCCCGCGCCUCAGGAAAUCCCCGAGUACAUCGUCAGGGCUCUUGAGUACAUCAGGACCCACCCCCCCAAGGAAGAGCCCAUCAGAAGGGUUUAAGUUAACCUUUAGAAAAUAAUAAGUAAAACAAUACAUUUCUAAACACUGCCAAUCUUUCCACCUCUAGUCGCAAUAUGUAUGUAAAUUUCAAAAAAUAAAAGGAUUUCUUGUUGUACAGUCAA